UCCAAUUAAUUAUAUUUUUUUAAAGAAGCUAAUUCUCCUAUAUGGCUCGUUUAGUGUCUUCGGUUUCCACCAUCUUUAUCAUGUUUCUACUUCUUGCCGUCAUUGAGAUGGGAGCAAAUAUGGUGGCAGAGGCAAGGAGUUGUGAAUCAAAAAGUGUAUCCUAUAAAGGACUAUGUGUGUUCGACCGCAAUUGUGCUCUUGUUUGCAGAACUGAGAAUUUCGUUGGAGGACAUUGCAAAGGCUUCGCUUUUGGUAGUACUUGCAUUUGCUACAAACCUUGUUAAAAUUUUAAUUAGAGAAUAUCCAUAUAUGGAAUUAAUUAAUUAAAGAUCAU